AUGUCAACGGGUUUGACGGAAGUGUGGCUUUGUGGGAAGAAUUUUUCCAUCACCCUCACGGUAGCACUUAUCGGUUCUAUUUGUGGAAUUCCUUUCGCGCCGUACGUUGCAGAUACUUUUGGAAGAAAAACUGCUAUGUUAUUUGGCGCACUUAUUGUCGUUGGCGGCGCUGGAUUACAGACAGCUUCGCAGAAUGCGGGCAUGUUCAUCGGUGCCCGCGCCAUGAUUGGGUUCGGGACAUGUUUCGUGCAGCUGGCUGCACCUCUUCUCAUUACUGAGCUGGCUUAUCCAUCACAUCGACCUGCACUUUCUGCCCUUUUCAAUCCUAUGUGGUUCAGUGGCUCUAUCGUUGCGGCCUGGGGGACCUUUGGGUCCUUUCGAAUCGGAAGCAACUGGUCAUGGCGCAUUCCAUCCGCCCUUCAAGCCGUCUCUUCUGUUAUUCAGCUGUUUCUCCUGUGGUUUAUUCCGGAGUCCCCUCGUUACUUAAUCUGCCAAGGCCAGGACGAGAAGGCUCUCUACACCCACAUCAAAUACUACGCUAAUGGAAAUCGCCAUGACCCCCUCGUUGAAUACGAGUACAACGAAAUCAAAAAGGCUAUCGCCAUCGACAAAGCGAAUGCUAAAGGUACCAGUUUCUCAGAUCUCUUCAGUAGUGCAGGCAACUUACGUCGCAUGGGAAUUAUCAUUGCCAUCGCCUUCUUCUCCCAGUGGUCCGGAAAUGGCCUCAUUUCAUACUAUUUCAACCUUAUCCUCAAUGACAUUGGCAUUAUCACCCCCUUUGACCAAACUCUCAUGAGUGGCAUCUUGCAAAUCUUCAAUUUUGUCACUGCUAUUAUUGCUUCCUUCCUUACGGAGUGUUGCUAUCUACGUAACUCCGUCCCAUUUAACCUUGACGGGACUAUUGAUAUCGAUCCUGCAACGGGGAAACCUGUGAAGGGCGACGAGAAAGCUGCGUUCAUGUACAUCACAGUGGUAUUCCUGUUCAACUUUUUCUAUACCAUUGCAUUUACGCCGCUCUUGGUCUCAUACACCAUCGAAAUCCUGCCUUACAAGAUUCGUGCCAAAGGGCUUGCUGUAAUGAGGCUCGUUUCACCUGCUGGCCUAUAUUGGGGAACAACUUACGCUGACUUUAUUUUCAUAUACGUCAACCCAAUCGCCUUCAAUGCCCUCAACUGGAAAUACUACAUCAUUUACACCAUUUGGGAUGCUGUUGAGACGGUGUUCGUCUGGCUUUAUGCCGUCGAAACUAAGGGACGAUCGCUCGAGGAAACCGCUGUACUCCUGGAGGACCUCAGUGUCACCGACAUCGUCGCCCAGUGUGCUCAUAAACACGUUCAUUUCUCCCGCGGGAAGGAUGAGGGGGGCGGUUUCGACUUACGGGAUGCUGACGAAUUUUCCAUUUCGGAUGAGAGCAUUGGGCGCGCCUUUUGA